UUUCAGACUCAGUUCCCGAAGAAGCACUACGAGUGUUUGACGAGCUGUGAGUUCCUGCGCUCCGUCCAGAUGCUGAAGCCGGGGGACUGUCCUGCUGCGGAGCGAGCGAGUGGCUUCGCCGCAACCACUACAAAGACAAACCUCACAAAAACAGACGCCGAGUGCACAGCGCUGAAGAAGUGCUGUCCGAACGGAUGCGGACACACCUGCCAGAUCCCCAAGAACCCCUAUAAAGGAUCUCCUCUGAAGCCGCGGAAGGAGCUGCUGUUUGUGGAGCAGGCGUCAGGACUGCUGGAGGUUCGCUGGUCGUCCCGCUUUAACGUCUCGGUGGAGCCGGUGCUUUACGUGCUGCAGCGCCGCUGGAACUUGGGCAUCCAUCCCAGCGAAGACGACGCUACGCCGUGGCAGGACAUCGCUCAGGUUGCUGUAGAGCGUGCGCUGCUGAGCGACGUCCGGCCGAGCAGGUGGUAUCAGUUCCGCGUGGCGGCGGUGAACGUUCACGGCACGCGCGGCUUCACGGCUCCCAGCAAACACUUGCGCUCUUCCAGAGAUCCGUCUCCUCCUCCAGCUCCGUCUGGACUGAGCGUGUCUAACAUCACAGAGGGACCCGACGGUCUGCUGACGGUCCGGAUCAGCUGGACUCUCCCCGCAGAGCCUGACCUCCCCGUCCAUCACUACAAGAUAUACUGGAGCUGGACGAUCCCGGGGAAAUCACUCGCCCCGUCCCGGAGGAAGAGGAGGAAGACUAGUGACGGGGCCAGAAGCUCGGUGGAUCUGGAAAGGUCUUCAGGUACCGUAUCUAAGCUGAGGAGACUGGAGACUGCUGAUCUGGGUUUGGUGUCGAUGAAGCGAGCCGCCGGAGCGCUGGAGGUCGGCACACAAAGUAUUAUACCAGGACGACACCAGCUACAGGUCCUCAUCUACUGGAAGAAGAGAGGAGAUGCUGCUGUGAACCGCUAUCACGUUCAGUGGACGCCUGAAUACUGCAGCCACAACCGAAGCGGAGCGCCGCAGAAAUCACUGACUCAGGAGAACUUCAUCAAUCUCCCGGGUCUGCUGUUCUCCUGUAAGUACAGGGUCACCGUUCACACGCUCAGUGCUAAACGACGCUCCAAAGACGAGAGCAUCAGCUUCCUGACACCGUCCUGCACGACUCUCCAGAGCAAGAGCGUCAAACCCAUCGCCUGUCCCGGAGACACACCGCCGGCGAAGGUUUUAGCGAAGCCUGAGAAUCUGACGGCGUCCUUCAACGACGCAAACUGAAACCUGACGUCUCCUCUCCACUGGAUGUCGCCUCCUCAGCAGCCGCUUCAGCCCAUCACAGGCUUCCAGGUCACAUGGGUGGAGGUUUCCAGCGCGAGCCGCCCGAACAGCCUUCCCAACAGCAUUAUUUCCCAGUCUCAGAUCCUGCCACCUGAUCGUAACUUUCUGGUCGUGUCCAACCUCCGGCCGGGCACUUUCUACAGGUUAGAGGUUCAGGUGAGUAACUGCGGCGGGAGAAAGGAGGACCCUAAGCUCAUCUUCAUCAUCAGCAAGUUAGCAGCAUCAAGAAGUCUUUCAGCUGAGAAAUACCCUGAAAUGGAGGGUUUGAGGGACGUGACAGAGUACACACGUUGUCUGUUUUCUCCUCUGAACGGUUCUGGAGAUUUAACGCAGGUGCGUUACGUCCAAAUGGAAGUAGAGAUGUUAGAAACAAUGGUGCGUAUCGAGUUGCAAUCACGGAUCUGGACGCUCUUCAGCGCGGGUCAAAGGUCAUCUCCCCUCCGAGGGGAGCCCGAGUGCUGCUUCUGCUACCAGGAGCCGCUCAGAUAUAUGUGGAGAUAUGAUGAGAAAGGGAAUGCUUUCGUUAACAAAGCUGAAGAGAAUGAUAUGUCAUUUCUGAGUUACUCAACAGGCAUGGGAGACUACGCCCGUCAGGGUGUAGAAGAGAGAGGGAAAACAGGCAUUCAAAUUCGCUGGGAGGAAAAUGUCAGGAUGAUCCUUCGCAGUGAGGUCAUCAGCCUCAACUAG